AAUAAGGUUCUAUCCCUGUCUCCCUCUUUUCAACUUUGAUCUCUCUUUUUCAUUUCUGUCGUUGCUACUCAUUAUCCAUAUACCCACUGUAGCUCACAUCUUCCUCAUUUUUUUUAAUUUUUUUUUUUUUGUGGUUAACAUAAAAUUGUUCAACCAUAUUAGCUAGUCAUUUUGCGUUCUUGCUUAACGUAAUAUAAUCACUUGGCUGCUCGAUUUUCUAGCUAUUCACAUACUAGUAGUUUUAUCUGUUGCUUUCUGAGUCUUUUAACUCUUUCAAGUUCUCAGGUAAGUUCGUGUUUUUGCUUUUGCCAUGACGACGACUACUGCUGCUACACACGUCCUGUUGGUGGUUUCAUGCUGCUUCUUGUGGUUGAGUCUUUCGGCAGCAGCAAAAGUGUCCAAUUCCCAUAUCACUGUCAUGGGUAUGGUUUACUGUGACAUUUGCUCCAAUAAUUCCUUCUCCAGGCACAGCUACUUCAUGCCAGGUGUAGAAGUUAAGAUAGAUUGCACGUUCAAGGCAAUGUCUACAAGGACCGCGGAGCUGGUAUCAGUGUCAGUGAACAGAACAACCAACAGAUAUGGAGUUUACAGGUUGGAGAUACCUUCUGUGGAUGGAAUAGAGUGUGCUGCAGAGAAAGCAGUGGGCAAUUCUUGCAGGGCUAGCCUUAUAGGAAGCUCAUCUUCUUCCUGCAAUGUACCUGGCUCUACAAGAACCACUACUGAUGAGAUUACCAUCAAAGCUAAACAAGCAAACACGUGCAUCUAUAGUCUCACUGCUUUGAAUUUCAGACCUACUAAGAAAAAUGUUGCUCUCUGUGGAAAUUAGAUGAUGCCCAAUAUCUUAUUUCAUUUGGAUGGCUUUCUUUUUAAUUGUUCCAUAUAUGUCUUCUCCUCUUUCACUUUUCAUUUCCCAUUUAUUGGGAAUAAUAUGUAUAAUUCAUGUUACUUUAUUUCCAGUAAUCAAAAGCUUGCAUCA